UAACAAUCGGAUAAUGUUUCAUUUUUGCAGGGUAUUUAAACGUAUCAUAUUUAUUGGUUGACCAAUAAUAUCGAUCUAUAAAAUUAUUAAAAAAAAACGUUGCAAUAUAUUUCAUUUAUUACAAAGAGCUUAUUAAGUAGACUAUAAAGUGUAAAGGAUUGAUUUCUUGUUACAAUAUAAUGGAAUGAAAGUUAAGCACUAAGGAGUUUGAAGUUUGAACAGAGCACCCGAUCCAAAUAUGGAUCGUCCAAAAUCCACUCACAGUACAUUAAGUCAUGUGACUGAAAACACCGAAAGGACGUCAACGUCGCAGAUCACGGCACGUGCAACACCAGCGACACCUUCUCAUAAAACAUGGACAGCAUACACAGGUCCGGUCUUGUUUACUGGUCCAAGCGGACUACGUAAUCAGCGAGUGAAGACGGAGAGUGAAUUUGUCCUGGUUGGCGAGUCUGAUAAUUCUACCGAAAUUACUAGUCAAAUGGGGUACCUUAACCGAGCAGCACCCGGCGCCGAGUUUCCAAAGGCGAAAAAUGGACAAGUUGGCGAAAUCGGAUGGGUGUAUGACAAACUGAAAAUAGUGAAAGGAAUUUAAUGAACGAUUCUAUAUCACGGUGUUAUGAAUGAAUGAUAUUUAACUCCUGUUAGAAAUGUUUUAUUUUAGUCAUUGUUUUCAUUAAUGUCUUAGUUAGAAAUUUGUGUUCUUUUUUGCUCAAAUAUUAAAACUUGUAGACAUAUGCUUUUUAGAUAUAUUUAUACAUAGAUAUAUAUAUUGCUGUUUUGCUGUGCAAGAUAUGUUGAUAGAAUGAGAAACGAGUAUCUCACUAUUUGUCUUUGAAAGGGCGUCGCAAUUUGUACAGUAAUUUGUUUGAAAAUACAUAUAUGUUUGUAAACUGUAAGGAUAUUUAUAUCAUUUCAUACCUAAAGGAAGAGAUAAAUUUUACCGUUACCUCCAGUAUAUUUUAUUAGCCUUGCCUUUUUAUGCGCUGGACAUGAUAAUGAAUUUCUGUUAGAGUGAUAAAUGAAAUCUGCUUGCUGUAUAUAAACGACUGUCGAUCUAGUACAGUAUGCAUUUACAUGCGGUUUUAUGUGUAUAAGAAUACCAAUUCUGGGCAUGAAGAUGAAUUCCAUUAAUUUUUAAACAUAACAGACCUACUGGUUGUAUAUAUAACCGACUGCUGUGUUAGUAGACCAUAGAAGUUUGCAGUGAACGUAGAAAUAGCCAGCUUGCCGUGAAAGUAGAUAUAGAAAGUAGAAUAGAAAGUAGAAUAGAUAAUUAAGAUUAGUCAACGUGUGCCGUGAAAGUAGAAACAUAGAGAGUUUGCAGUGAUUGUAGAUAUAGUAAAGUAGAUAUAGUCGUAGAGUAGAAAUGUGUGCAGUGUAUAGAUAUAUACCUAGAUUAGUUGGUGGUGGUAUUUUUAACGAUUACUCAAGCUUUUGACUAACACAUAUUAAAUUUAUACAUAUAUUCCUGACACAAAAUUUAACCUUUAGAAAGUCUUCAUGAACGUUUUUUUUUUUGCGAUCUAAAGAAUAAUGCAGUUGUCAGGAUUUGAUUUGUUGUAUUGUAAAAUAUUAGUUUAUGAAUAUUUAUCAAAAAAUUAUGAUAAAAAACAAAUUGUAAUGCCCAUACUGAUUGACCAUGCCUUGAAUUGACAUUUUUCUUAUACCCACAUAACUGUUGUAAAUCUUUAUAAUAUAAUUAUAUUCCUAGAUUGAAUUUCUUGCGUUAUUCGAUGCCAAAUACAGAAGUGUUUAGCUGAUUUGUUUAAUGCAAACAUUUACAUAUUGGAAUGAUUUUAAAGGCUUAUUAUUAGGCACAAGUAUAUCGUCGUUUGAAAUUUGUCAUUAGGGUUGUAUAUCAUAAUGUGGUGCGUUUUCCUUAUAAAAUAUUAAAACAUUUGCGACUGCUCCAAAUAUUUGUGUUGCUUUUUAUGUGAAAAUAUUGUUUAGAAAAGUUUAUGAGAUUAAAGCAGAAAGUAUAAA